AAGCAGCCAGAGCGACAAGGACGUCGAGUACAAAAGUGUGAGAGAUAGCAGAGUUCAGACGGCUCGUGAACAAGCUGUCAGCAGACAACAUGCUCUUACGAUUCAUCCCGCUGAUUCUGAGCGUCGCGUGCUCCCAGGCCCAACAUUUUUCAUGGAAUGCACUCGGUAACUUCAGCCAGCCAGGACACUUCGAUGGCUACGACCGAAAAUGUGAUCUGGCCAGCGUAGCAGACCGUUUCGACUGCUAUCCGGAGCCCGGCUCAACGCAGCAGGGGUGCGAGGCAAGAGGUUGCUGCUGGGGCUCACUGGGUGACGCUUCGGGACCAAACAUUCCAUUCUGCUACUAUCCUGCCGAUUAUCAAGGAUACGUGCUCGAUGACUUGGAUUAUUUUCCCGAUCACAUCUCCGCGAAGCUACACAGGAAAAUUCCAUCGGGCAUCGACAAAGAUGUGCAGUCUGUAGCAGUGAGCAUUGUCUUCUACGGGAACGACACAGCGAGGAUCACGAUCACAGAUGCCACUCAGACGCGCUUCACACCUCCUGUGCCGAAAAUUUCCACGCGGACACACAGAGGCAGCCGACUAUACAACGUGAGCAUCUCGAAGGAUGGUCAACUGAGCGUCUACCGUCUCGAUCGCCAAUCAACGAUUAUUUUCCACACAAAUCUGUCACGCCUUGUGUUCACCGACCAGUUUCUUCAGCUUUCCACACUUCUGCCAUCGGACUAUGUCUACGGCCUGGGAGAACAGUGGACCGCGCUGCGCCGAAGUGUCAACUGGACCAGCCAUUUCUUCUUUAACCGGGACAGACCUCCUGUGCGUGGUCAGAACCUCUACGGGACGCACCCUUUCUUGCUUGGAGUCGACAACACCCGCAAGGGAUACGGUGUGUUUUUGCACAACAGCAAUGCCCUGGAGACUGUGCUGCAGCCCACUCCCGCAGUGACGUUUCGCGCACUGGGCGGCGUUUUGGACUUCUUCGUGUUCGCUGGUCCAACGGCGGCCAACGUCGUGAGCCAGAUGCAGCACGUCGUGGGCAUGCCCGCCAUGCCUCCCUACUGGGGCCUGGGCUUUCACCUGUGCCGCUUCGGCUACAAGACGCUCAACCGGACUCGGUACAUAAUGGAGAUGAACAUCAAGGCCGGAAUUCCACUGGACACCCAGUGGAAUGACAUUGACUACAUGAAAAGCAAUAACGACUUCACCUACGACAAGGACAGGUUCGAAGGACUUCCGGAAUUUGUCAGGGAGCUUCACGCUUCUGGCCGUCACUACGUCGUCAUCGUGGAUCCAGCCGUAAGCGGUUCUGAAGCACCCGGCAGUUACCCUCCGUACGACGACGGUGUUUCCAUGGAUAUUUUCGUCAAAAAUAUCACCGGAGGAAUUGUUUUUGGAAAGGUUUGGAAUGACAAAAGCAGCGUGUUCCCCGACUUCAGCCACCCCAAUGCGACGAUUUACUGGAUGACGCAGUUGGCAAGGUUUCACAAUGAAGUCCCUUUCGAUGGAGCUUGGAUUGACAUGAAUGAACCAUCCAACUUCUACGAUGGUCACAAGGACGGCUGCCCUCCGAACCAGAAGGAGGAUCAACCCCCGUAUGUGCCAAGCGGAGAAAAGCUGUGCGCCAAGACACUUUGUAUGAGCGACCGUCACUACAUCUCGUCCCACUACAACGUCCACAACAUCUACUCUCAAAUGGAAGCCAGGGCGACGUACAAGGCACUCGUUCAGAUCCGCCAGAAGAGACCUUUCAUCAUCUCUCGGGCGACAUCUCCGGGACAAUCCAAGUGGUCGGGCCACUGGUCCGGGGAUAUCAGCUCAUCGUGGGAGGAUAUGAAACUCAGCAUUCCUAAUAUCCUCAGCUUUGGCAUGUACGGAAUGCCGCUGAUGGGUGCAGACAUAUGCGGCUUCAACCAGAACACAACUGUCGAGCUGUGCGCACGCUGGCACGCGCUUGGAGCAUUUUAUCCAUUUUCAAGAAACCACAACACCGACGACGGCAUUGACCAAGAUCCUGUCAGCCUCGGUGAACUUGUGGUACGAAGUGCAUCAGCGAACUUGGCUAUUCGUUAUAGGUUGAUUCCUUACUUAUACACGCUGUUCUACAGGAGCCACGUCUAUGGAGAGACGGUCGCCCGGCCCCUAUUCUUUGAAUUCCCGGAUGACCCCAACACUUACGACAUUGACGAACAGUUCAUGUGGGGAUCAGCGUUUCUGUUCAAUCCGGCACUGUACCAGGGACAAACAGAGGUGAAGGCUUACGUGCCCGCUGGGCUUUGGUACGAUGCAAUCCACAACAAACCCAUGGAAGUCGAGAAUGGCACUUACAUGACCUUCCCCGCUGCUUUGGGGGACACAAUGAGCAUCCUCGUUCGUGGCGGCCACAUUUUUCCCCUCGGAUCGAGUAUAGUCACCACAACAGAUCAGCGCCAGAAGCCCGUGUAUUUCAGUGCAGCCCUUGACAAGGAUGGCACUGCACAAGGAGAACUAUUUUGGGAUGACGGAGACUCCUUAGAUACGAUUGAAAAUGGGAAGUACAACCUGUACAAGUUUUAUACCGACUGGAAUCUAAAUAUUGUCUUUUCCUUAUCCCGCGUGGUGACUGGAUUCACAGAACAACCUAUAGUGGAUGUUGUUAUGGUGAGCGGUGUUCCACAAGCGCCAACCAACGUUACCAUGGGAGGUCAAAGCCUGUACUUCGAAUUUAGGAACAAGCUACUCCUGGUACUUAACGUCGAUCAACGAUUGGACCAUGACUUCGAGAUAAACUGGUCAUAAUAGCACUUGACAUGGCGGUCUGAAAUUUCCGGCCAUACUCAACGGAAGUUGCAAGCAUUGCGCAGUGUACUGAAUAAAAUUAACAGCAGCGUUAA